UAAAACUGCCGGGUGCGGAACAGUGCGGAACCUCGGGUCGGGAGCUCAUUUUUUUUACGCUUGUUUAAAAGUAAAACAAUCGGUGAGAUACAAAAGAUGAAUGAAGAAGAUUUAAAAAUACUAGGUACAUUAAAGCCAAAGAUUGUAUAGGUAAUCACUACGUUUUACACUAAGCAGAAAAACUAACAAAUGAUACUUAUUGGUCCAGAAUAUUAAGUUAGAUUUUUUAAGUUUUUAAAUGGUUGAAAAGGAUUGGUAACCAUGUUUAAAACCAAUGUGAAACUUAUUGUUUUGAAUGUAAAACUUGUGAUAAACAAACCGUAAACAUGAGUUUUCCUUCGAGAUUCAGGCCGGAAAACGCCGGAGUGUAUGAAUUACUCACGAAGCUGUGUGAGAACACAGCUGCUGAAUAUUGCGUACAAAGUAGAGUAUCUCAGCGGGCUCUAACUGCGAAAUUGCGGUCCCAAUCUUAUGAAAUCAUUUUAAAAAGGUCACCUGAAGUCGCAGCCGCAGGAACAGAUCCCAUCAUAGAUUUGCUAUCUCAUUAUUUUGUAACCCAGCAAACUGCCAAAAAUGUAGCAGAAUAUAAGAGGUCCAUUGAACUUAAGAAACUUAUAAGCACAGUGCGCUGUACAGACCUUGGUGAAGAAAAAGAACUUUUUCAAAAUGUUUUGAAAUUCUUGAUCAGCUUAAAAAAUUCUGCAGCACAAGAUUUGUCAAAUGAAAUGUUUCAGCACCCAUUUUCAUUUGGUCUCCUGGAUGAGAUGUUACCGAAACCAAAAAAGGAGUUAUUUGGUUCACCUGAACCUUACUCAUAUUUCCCAUCACAUGUGUUUGAGCUGCCUUAUUCGGUGAAGCGUCCGGAGUCACACUGGUCCAAAAACACAUCUCAGUGCUACACAGAGGUUACAGUUGAAAGCUUUAACUCCAGAGGAUGUCUUCCAGAUAGUCAUUCUCAAAGUGGAACAGUGAAUGUGAAGUCAUACCUCAGUCCAAUGUCACUGGCGUCUAUGACGUCUACUACAUUUUCCCCGUACUCUGAUAAUACGAUACAUAACUUUCCACGUCUAACCGCCCCAAGAGAUAUACAAAUACCUUCGUCACAAUCCACAGAUGCUAAUAUUAAGGUUACUCUAGUAAGCUCAAGUGAACAGUCAAAAGUGAAGGAAGUGUUCUGUAAAGACAACUCAAUAGAUAUUUGGGAGUUAGCUUCGCAAGUUGAUAAAGAUAUACCUGAAGACAUUUGGGAUAUUGUUGCCAAACUGCCUCCGAUCAAUGAUAGACAGCUUAUAGCUUCAUCAACCAGAGAGAUGGCGCUGUGGAGACAGAUUUAUGAGAACGAGCUGAGUGGCCUCAGCAUCAUAUCAGAGAAACAAUUUAUAAGGCAUAUCAUGUAUUUAAUAAUUGGCGUAGAAACAAGUUCGUUCCCGUUCAAUAAAGAAUCAAAUUGUUUUGGUAUAAAAGAGAAUUUAGUUUUGGAGGGUAUUUCGAAAGAGCAUUUGACGUCGUAUGUCACGCCGUUGCUUCUUGUUGGCACGUUGUAUAAGCGACUGUAUAAUUUCGCCUUCAACCUAACCGUCGAUGACUAUUUUCACAGCAAGGGACUGGUUUUUGAGGCAGCAAGAGAAACAAUUAGAAGAUAUUUGCUAGAAUUUCGCUUAGUGGCGACGGUGAUAUAUGAAGAAUGCUGCAGAAAGAGUGCAGACGAGCUCAACGUCAUGCCCACUUUACUGCAGAUUCUAUUUCACAUUGAGCCGCUCGAGUAUGAGAUCGAGACUAUUGCCUCUAUUUAUAAAGUUGUGGAUCUAGAUUCAUCGUCGAUGCCGCACGGUGCGGAACUGAUGUCGUAUUUGUUCAAUGAGAUAUCGCUCGUGACGCACAGGAACACUGCACUGACUUUGUACAACGCCUUGUUCGCCAUAUGCGGCGCUUAUUUCAAAUUUAUAGAACGAUUCAUAUUCGAAGGAGAAUUAGACGACGUUUAUGACGAGUUCUUUAUACGAAAAGAUACCACGUUUGUGAACUCUCGUUCCAAGAGAUAUUGGGACAAAGGGUUUCAUAUCACCCUCAGUGUUGCCAUUCCAGAUUUUCUAAGGCAAUUGGCCACGUUUAUUUUGCUCUGUGGCAAAUCUUUGAGAUUGCUGAAACAUUGUAACCCUAGUGAUCCUCUAGUCCUCUUAAUUUCAUCAGACCAUCCAUCAGUAAAAUGCUGUGCCAGUUUCGAUGAGCUUGAGCACCAACAGCAGUUGUUGGACGUGUACCGAACGAGGUGUUUGUUCGUGAGUGGGGAACCCGUCACUUUCGAACAAAUUCUGCUAAAGCGGGAGGCAGAGCGAAAGGCUUUCACUGAAAUGGCGUCUUUGAAACAAGCUGAAACUAUGGAAAAGAUUGUUGCUGAAAGAAAAAGGUUAGCACAACUAAUAAUAGCAGAGAAACAACAUUCACUGAGAGUGUUAGAAGCGGCGAUGGCUGAAGCGAAGGCCGCCAAGACCAAAGCAAAAAAGCGCGAGAGAAGUCUUUGUGAAUUAGAAAAAGCCGCGGGAAAAGCCACCGAAGAAGUUGAUUCUAAGUUGAGAGAUGAUGAAAGAAGUAAAAUGAUGGAAUAUUAUUCAAAAUUAAAUAUGGAGGUAGAGAAAAGUAAGAUACAUACUGAAUGGAAAAUUAAACGCUUACAGUUAGAUCAAACUAGAAUGCAACUGCUGUCUACAGAGGAGAGAAAUUUAAAAAGAGAGAAGCUAGAGUUGGAACAUCAGCGUAACGAAUCAGUAAUGGCAAUGUCUAUUCAAAGUGAUUUUAAAUCUGAAGAUGAUCUUGAUGCAAUCGAUAACAAUAAUGGUGAAGUCAAUGACUUUAAAACUCCAGAUUCAACGCCCUCUGUAGAAAUAAUACAAGACGCGGAGUCUUCCAAUGUUUCUGAACACAGCAAAAACAAACAAAAAGCGCAAACGUCGAGUGACGUUCUGAAUGCCAUAUGUAAUGUCGCUAAAAACUUCUUUGGAGUUUCCAAAUCUAAAGAUGACAUUCCCUGUGAUAACGAAGUUGAAGUGGAUGCGCAAGGAAACGUCGUGACCGCCAACACGGGGAAUGAUCACAAAUCGAAGGAAAAAGAAACAUCGAGUAACGUUAUCGGUCGUGAGCUAGACAACGAAUUUGAUAAUCUACAAUUUUUGGAAAGAAACCAAGAAGCAUUGAAGAAUAAGCAGAAAGUUAUGGCUCAUGAGUUUGGUCAAACAGACAGUCAGAAUAAUCGAAUAAAUCACCCCAAGAAGCUACCAUCGUUAGAUGAAGAAAAUAACAUCGAAGAGGAAUGGUCACCUUACGUCGAAGCCAAAAAGAAUAAGCUGAAAGUACUGGGUGUAGAAUUUGAUAUUGUUCAAAAGGAUAAAGUAGUCACAGAACCUAGAACUGACGCGCAAAAGGAAGCUCUUGUUAAUAGACAAAGAGUUUUAGGCGUUGAAUACAAUCUCCCUUCAGAAAAGUAUACAGUAAAAGAACCAGCGAAUAUUGCCCAGGAAGAAGCUAUACGAAAUAAAAAUAAAGUUUUAGGCUCAGUAUACGAGAAUACCUUGAAUUCAACAAAAAAAUAUGAUCCUGCAAAGAAAUCUGGUUUGAGGUUGAACUUGAAACCUUUCAGUGAAAACACGUUUAGUCAACAGAAACUUGUGGUCACACCAAACACAGGGACGAUUACACCAGGCGAAUUGUUCUCGACGCUCCAUUUAGAGACGCCUACAACCGCUGAAAUGCCGGCCGACGGAGGCAUCACGAGCGAUAUAUUCACACCUCGCAGCGAAGGCGGCAAAGACUUAGAGUCGGCCAAGCUUAAACCUGACAAAGAAUUCCUGAACUCAACCGGGUUUAACUUUUCAUUAAUCGUUGACGAUGAAACUGCCGAAUCGGAAGUAAUCAGCGACGUUCAAACUGAAAGCCCGGAAAAUUCCCCAUCCAAAAGUGUAGACUUUUGCGAUAUUCCUGUAUCAAACAGAAAAACUUCGAUAUUCAAUAUAAUAGAUGGCUCAUACAAUCUAGAAUCGUUUGAUCCGUUCGGCGUGAAAUAUUUACAGAAUUACUCCAAAGAUUACUUUAAUAAGAAGAUAAAUAGUGACACAGAUUCAUUCUACACUCAUCCUACAGUCAUUAUGGAAGAAGUCAAGAAAAAACCAUAUAAAAACAUUUUUGCGUCACAGUGUGACACCGAAAAAGAUCAAAAGGUGAAUUGUGACAAUAUAGCAACAUUAACAGCUUGCUUACAAAGAUCUGUUAUGUUGCCAUUGACGUAUCAACUCGAAGUUGUGAAUAAUUCGAUUCUAACCCAUUUCCUGGUUAAUCUGGAUAUGUAUGAGCACUUGAGGAGCUUGAAGGAUUACUUCUUUUUAAUGGAUGGAGAGUUUUCUAGAAGCAUUUGUCAUAACUUGUUCACUAAAUUGACAAAAACGCUGCAUCCGCAAGAGUUGUUGAACUUUGCCACAUUGCAUAAUAUUUUGGACAAAGCUCUCGGGUCGUCUAUAUCACACGUCCACAAAUUUUCGGAAAACUUAUCGUUCACUAUAACGGACUCGCCGCUAAGUUUCCAACACAGUUCGCCUGAUGUACUACAAUGUCUCUCUCUCACAUACACUGUGAGCUGGCCUUUGAACAUUAUCCUAUCUCAAGAAGCCUUACUGAGAUACGCUAAAGUGUUCCAGUUUCUGGUUAAAAUGAGACGGAUAUUUUGGGUGCUGAGUGAAGACUUCGAGUCUUUAAAGCUAACAGCGAAAAUAUCCAAACAUCACUCCAGAAAGCUGUUAAAAUCGCCCCAAUACAUAUCUAUACAGAUAUACAGACACAUAAUGGCGUCGCUCAUAAGAGCGUUAGACAACUACAUAGUCACAACAUGCAUUCUUACGUCAUGGACGGAAUUCGAGAAAGAUCUAAUGAAGGCCAGAACGCUCGACGAUUUGUACGAGUGCCACGUGGUUUAUAUAAAGAAGGUCCUCUUUAGGUGCCUUUUGAAUAACAGAUCGAUGCCUGUAAUGAAGCUCUUGAACGAUAUCUUCACUGUGGUGUUGAAGUUUAGCCGAGUCCUGAAGGCUGGCGAGUGGCAACAAAAGGAAACCAACGGUUGCUUCACACACACAAGUUUCAUUCAGCUGGAGGAGUUGUACCAUUUGUUCGAGAAACUAGCGAAAUAUCUGCACAAGGUGAUCACCAAACUGAUGGAAUGCGGCUACCAGAGACAUCUGGUGGAACUCCUCACUAUGGUGAACCUUAACGGGUAUUAUGACCCUGACAAGUCCAAAGAGGAUACCAAUGCCAGUAUUCAGUCUACAUGAAGGUCCUAACUUCCACUUUUAAUAUGGGUUCCUUCAAGUCAAGAGUGAAUAGGCAACUUCUAGGUAAGCGCGCUUCAUCUUAGGCUGCACCAUUACUUGCUAGCAGGUCUGAUUGCAGCCAAGCGCUAGUCUGUCAAUUAAAAAAUAAAUAGAUUUCAUUUAUUUGGCAAUAACUAAACACUUCGCCCCAUUAAUUGGAGCGUUCGAAUAACUUUUACGGGGGAAAGAAAAAAGUAACUGCUUAGAGUAGUCACAAAAUUCUGAUGGAACAAACACAUAUCAGAUAUAGAUCUAUGUAGGUACUACAAUUUAUCCUUUUGUUCUUGUACUAGAUUUAAUCUUAGCAGUUUAAACUUAUGCAAAGUGAAUCUCACAUGCUUUCAGUGUCUUAGAGUAACUUCAGCCUCAAAAUGCAAUUAGAA